AUGCCUCCCAAGUUCCUUAUCUAUCUGGCAGUUGCGGCCAUUGUGAUGGUGUUCAGUGCACCUGCAGCAGAGGGCACCUUGUUUCUGACCAUGUGCCUCUUGAGGUCGCCGUUGUGUCCAUUCUUUACAACGACACCACUGUGCCAGCCUAAUUUUGUCUGGGAUCGGAACCUAAGAUUAUGUGUUGCGGCUGAAUAAAUUGUAUUUAUGUGUUGAAGUCCAAAAUAAACAUUA